UCUGUGGAUACAGAGAUGUUUUACUUUCACUGUCCUCCGCAAUUAGAUGGGGAAUGCUGUAGGACAAAUACGUUGAACACCAGCGGUUUUGGAAAUCAUGCUACCGGAGACUUUGACGAUGGCUUUCUAAGAAGGAAACAGAGAAGGAAUCGGACGACCUUCACGUUACAACAGUUAGAAGCUCUCGAAGCAGUUUUUGCUCAGACUCAUUAUCCGGAUGUAUUCACGAGAGAAGAGCUGGCCAUGAAAAUAAACCUUACCGAAGCUCGUGUCCAGGUAUGGUUUCAGAACCGGAGGGCAAAGUGGAGAAAGACGGAGAGGGGGAGCUCGGAUCAGGAGGGUGGCAAAGACCAAAUGAACGAGGGCACCCCUCCAGUGAGGAACCUCAACUCUCCGUCUCCCAUUGACCAGGGCAGGAACAAGAAGGAACCGCUGGAAAUGCAACAGAGCAUAAACCGAACAGUUGGUCCAGGCGGUCCGUUUUUCCCGUCUUGUUUGCCCGGCACCCUUCUCAACACGGCCACUUACGCUCAAGCAUUGUCUCAGGUUGCAACUCUUAAAGGAGGCCCUCUCUGCUCCUGCUGCGUGCCCGACCCCAUGGGCCUCUCGUUCCUGCCCCCCUACGGGUGCCAGAGCAACCGGACGGCGAGCGUGGCGGCGCUGAGGAUGAAGGCGCGUGAACACUCCGAGGCCGUGCUGCAGUCGGCCAACCUCCUGGGCGCCGGCGCCAGCGCGGGCACGGCAGGGGGCAGCCCCAGCUCCAGCCCCACUCCCGGCACCAAAGGCCCCACCCAGGAGAUCAGCCCCGACAAGCAGGUGCACUGCUCCAAGGAUCCAGCGGAGAAGAAGCGCUUGUGA